AUGGCUGUUCACACUAAUAGACAGAUCCUUACCAGGGGGAAAAACUAUGCUACGAAGCAAUCAAAAAAGUUCGGUACCGAUGAGGUAACAUUUGACAAGGAUUCCCGUUUGGACUAUUUGACUGGAUUCCACAAGAGAAAGGUGCAAAGACAAAAGAAGGCCCAAGAAUUUGUCAAAGAGCAGGAAAGGCUCAGAAAAAUUGAGGAAAGGCAGAAGAUUCGUCAGGAACGUAAAGAGAUUAUGGAAGAACAGUUGAAGACGUUUAAAGAAGGUCUAAACUUGGAGGCCGAUAUAGAGGAUGCGAAGAAGGGCGAAAUUGACGACUUCAAAGUCGAGUCUGAUGACUCCUGGCACGGAUUUGAUUCUGGUAAAGAGGACAGCGAUGACGACAGUGAUGAGCGCAACGUGAGGCCUAUUUUGAAGAAGGAAGCUAUCACUGAAACGUAUGAUGACUCAACUACUGUAGAAGUGGAAACUUUGGAACCUAACGACAAUUUUGAAUAUUUGGCCCAUUUGAACAAUGUCAAGUUGGAAAAAGCAGAAAAAGUACUCAAUCAAAGCAUAAACAGAGCCACCAAAUACGCGAAGUUUUUAGGCGUAGAUGAUAAGCAGAAAAAGAAGCCAAAGGUAAAGAAGUUCAGAUACUUGACCAAGAAUGAACGUAGAGUGAACCAAAGAAAGGCAAACGAUAACAAGCGUAGAAGAUGA